UCACUCAUGUCACAUGCCCCUGAAGGCAAAGGCAUCCGUUUUUAUUUCCUGCCAGCUGAAGGGAGGAAUUUCGACCUCUCUAGGCAAAGUAAACACUAGCGACACACGUUAGUCGCAGUAUUUAUAUAAAUAUACGUAAGGCACUAGUGUGUCAAAGAUGGGAACUCGGGACGAUGAAUACGAUUAUUUAUUCAAAGUGGUUCUGAUCGGGGACUCGGGUGUGGGGAAGAGCAACCUGUUGUCCCGUUUCACGCGGAACGAGUUCAACCUGGAAAGCAAGAGCACCAUCGGGGUGGAGUUCGCCACACGCAGCAUCCAGGUGGACGGCAAGACGAUAAAAGCGCAGAUCUGGGACACGGCCGGACAGGAGCGCUACAGAGCCAUCACCUCAGCGUACUACCGCGGCGCAGUGGGGGCACUGUUGGUGUACGACAUCGCCAAGCACUUGACAUACGAGAACGUGGAGCGCUGGCUGAAGGAGCUUCGCGACCACGCAGACAACAACAUCGUCAUCAUGCUGGUGGGCAACAAGAGUGACCUGCGCCACCUACGGGCCGUGCCCACGGAUGAGGCGCGGGCCUUCGCAGAGAAGAAUAAUCUCUCAUUCAUCGAAACAUCCGCCCUGGACUCGACCAAUGUAGAGGAGGCGUUUAAAAACAUCCUCACAGAGAUUUACCGCAUCGUCUCACAGAAGCAGAUCGCCGACCGCAUGGCCCACGAUGAGUCUCCCGGGAACAAUGUGGUGGACAUCAGCGUGCCACCCACCAGUGAUGGACAGAGAGGCAACAAACUGCAGUGCUGCCAGAACCUGUGACCUCUGACCCUGUCAGGACACCCUAAAACCCCAAAUUCACCUCCCGUUGCCCCCUCCUGAUUUCUAUAUAUACCCUCAAUUGUCUCUCAAGUUUUGUGUGAACAGAAAGGCCCCAACUUUUGUGUGUCCCUGUUUGCCCCCCUGUGCAAGUUCUUUAUACGUAACAUUCCUCAACCAUUUUUUUUUUUUGUCUUUUUUUUAUUUUUAUUAUUAUUUUACCAUAAUGUUCCAACCACUAUAACAAUGUAUGUGAGUAAUGGGAAGAUUUGCACUGAUCACGUGACCUACUUCUCUGUGGGGAUUGGUCGGGGGAUCUGUCAGUCUGGAGGCACUGGCCACUCAGUAACAUUACCUGGCUUCCCUAGCAAGAGCACACCUUAAGGUGAGCGAGAUGUACUCAGACAGUGUCUGAGUAGCUUUAGUACGUUACGGUUAAUCUCACAGGUAACAUUUGUCACAGAUGGACCUUUCAUCAGCCCCGUUAAAAGGCAUCAGCCCCGUAUGGGUAGCUUGCUUUAAUUCCUUUGUGGACCUCUACUUUGCAGUUACACAUAUAAAGCUUAAAGAUAGCCUUGGUAAUGUUACUGAGGGGCCGGGUUAGUCACACUAGUUAAGAUUGACCUUAUGUUAUCCCCAAAUUAGUAGAAAUGCCUUCUUGCAUGCCUGCAGAAUAUGUACACUCAUCUGUUGUGCAUCCAGUUGGUUUGAUUGAUGUGGACGUGACCUGCAGCCUGGAAGCGACACCGGGGAGGCCGGCCUGGGGCCUUCCACUUCUGGUGCCGAGGCUCCUUUGGGGCACGACAGUGGGCUUGGAGAAGAAACUUCCGGAAGGAUUUGACCUAGCAUAAAACUGUUGUGUUUUCAGUAGAAGUCUUUUAUGAUAAACCCACUGCCUGUUCUGCCUGUAGCUCGUAAAACUUAACCCCAAGUAAAAGUAGGUUCUGUUGGAUGAAAUUGUGGUGUGGCUUUGAGCCAAGAUAAAUCUCUUCUGCUUGUAACCUUUAAGGUAUGUCCUCUGCAUGUGGAGAAACUGUUCAGUCACAACCUUAAGGCUUGGUGCUGUGUGCUGUUCAAAUGCUUGACUGAGAGCAGAGAUACAGUAUCGCAUGAAUGGAGCGUCACUUUCUAUGCCUGGUUCUGUAAAUUCAGAUGUCCCUUGUCCCACAUGGACAAACUGCACAUUUAUAUACUAAGAAGGAUGCAUCUCCAGCGUAUGUCAUGUCUGUAACUUGGGAGAUCCGAUCUGUAGUAAAUGCCUAUGCACCUCGGACAGGUGAUACGUUAUUUGAGACUUAAAGGACAUUAGGGAACUGACCCGCCGACAGUGAAAGUACGCAAACCUUUCACCAUGCGGCGUUACAUAUCUUGGCAGAAGGUGCUGAUCGAUGCCUUUGAAAGUGCUGUAUCCCAUUGGCAUGCGCCUUAACGACCUGUCAUGAUCCGCGCUGCUUCAGGCUGCACUUCCGGUCUGGUUCUGACUAUUAAAUAUUCACGAGAUGGGUGAAGCUGGUUGUCACGUCAGCUCGCCAGACUGUGAAGGCAGGAUCAGUAUCUAACUCUCCAGCUCUAGAGCGACCAACUCUAGGAUUUGCCCCAAUUACCUAUGAAUCCUUCGUGACUGAAAAAGGUUAAAAGUUACCCCUAAAAAUAUGACAAUUUUACCAUUAAAAAUAAAGACGUUCAUACGGGUGUUGUUGCGCAUGGAUAGGAACUUAGGGAAUUUGGUCGUUUAUUAGCUAUGUGCCUAUAAUCUGUAUGACUGGUAUAGUAUAAAAUUUUUGCGAAGAGCUAUUUCUCGUCAUAUUAAUAUUUUAAUGCUGUAUGAUAAUCGCCAAGCAUAGAAAGCUUUCAAAAGGACAGUGCUUUUAUAACAUUUCCAGGAUGCUUUAAUGAAACGGAAUAUAGCACGAUAAGUUCGGUUUUAGAUGUCUGGCGGUGUCAUGUCAUUUACUUCUGCGUGCGUGUUAAAGCAAUUCAACAGAAGCAAUACUUUCCAUGCUAUUAUACUGUACAUAAAGUUCACUGGAAACGGUUCUGAAGCAGUUGUAUGUUGUCUAGGCGCUGAGCUUUUGGCAGAUUGACUCGUCAAGUGACUGGGUGUGUAGGACGCUCACCAAGCAUUUUAUUAUUGGCUAAGAGCCGCUUUAGCUAUUGCAUAAAUACAAAGCCUAUAAAUACAAAUUACGCGUAGGGAUUAGGAAUGUGCGAAUCGAUACUGAAAGUAUCGAUUAUUUCGGUCUUAAUGCUUCAUGAUGAGAAUGAAUUCUAAUGUUAAAAAAUGGAUUUUGUACCUGGUUAUUUAAAUGUAUAUAAUAUUAAGGAGCAGGGCACCACAUUCUCAGAAAAAAAAGGUUAAAAAAAUUGGACCUUUGUCACUGAGGCUGCACCCUCGUCCCCAAAGUACAAACAACAAUAAUGUACCAACAGUAAUGGUACAAAAAUGUUACUCAGAGUCCAUUUCUGUACCUUAAAAGUUACAAUUGACAGACCCUUGAGGGUACAGCUGCAGUAAGGUAUAUUUUUUUACCAUUUUUUUCUGAGAAUGUGGUGCCAGGCGAAGGUCUGGACACCCCCGUCGGCAAAUUUUAUCGUAAGAGAAAUUGCGGAGUAUUUUCAAACAUUUCAUUUUAAUGCAUCAAAUUCAACUUCGUUGCGACAUGGACGAAUAUUACACUUUAUGUUUUGUGUAUUUUUUUAAUCUAAUAAAUAUUCUUUUCAGUAUA